CAUCUCUAUGCUACAUCUCCUUCCCUCUACAGCGACUUUUAGACAUGUCUAUCAACUCCUUGCAUUCUUUGCUCUUUCUAUUUUUCCUUCUUUCAUCUUCUACAACUGCCUUUAACAUCACCAAUAUCCUAAGCAAAUACCCCGAAUUCAGCACCUUCAACAAUGAUCUCACACUAUCUCAGGUGGCCAGUGCGAUCAAUGCGCGAGCAACCAUUACCGUCCUGGUGGUGGACAACAGCGCCAUGUCGGGAUUGUCAGGGCAACCGGCGGAAACUGUCAGAGACAUCUUGAGUCUCCAUGUGGUGCUCGACUAUUACGAUCCACAAAAACUUCAACAAUUACCGAAUAAAACAGCAAUUCUCACCACACUGUUCCAGACAAGUGGACGGGCUGUCGGCCUAGAGGGCUUUCUCAAUGUGACCAGUUCGAGCAGUGGUGGGAUUGCAUUUGGCUCGGCUGUGCAAGGAUCGAACCUUCGUUCUAACUUAGUAAAAUCUGUCACAUCUCAACCAUACAAUAUAUCUGUCUUACAAGUAAGCAGUGCAAUAGUGCCUCCUAAUAUGGGGAAUGCUAAUUCUAGUUCUGGCUCAAACUCAACUUCCUCACCGCCAUCCCCAGCACCAGCAAGUCCUAGCCCAAAUAAGUCCCCGGUGCCAGCUUCAAGCCCAACAAUGGCUCCUGGUACUGCACCACCAAAGUAUGGAAAGGCACCGACUCCGGCUGCAGCAGCAACACCCCCAUCUAACGGGAGUCAAGCAACCCCACCAGCUGCCGCCACCUCUCCUGCCACCUCACCAUCAGAGGCGGCUGGUGGUUCACCAACAAGUGCCAAUGCUCCAGCAGCAGAUGCUCCGGUCGGUUCACCUCCCACGCCUGCGGGUGCUGAUGGGCCUGCGGGUGCCGAUGGGCCUGCGGCUUCAGCAGCAGAUGCUCCGGGCAGUUCUCCUCCCCUGCCUGCUGGUGCCGAUGGGCCCGCGGCGGAUGAUCCGGCAGCUGAUGCACCGGGAGGAAAAAAAUCUGGCGCCCCUAGAGGUUAUGGUGUUGACCUUGCAGGAGGUGUAGGACUAUUUGCCACAAUGACUUGGUAUCUGGCUUUGACAAUGUGGUAG